AUGCCGGCCAACAUGUCUUCAGGACUGAAUACAACUCAUCACACUGAUGUUGCAGUGCGUACUGCAAUUGCCUGUGUUUAUGUUUUUAUUUUUCUUGUUGGAGCAACAGGGAAUUCCAUAGUGAUCUGGAAUAUCUUCAUGAAUAUUAAGCAGCGAUCUCCCACCGUCUCGCUGAUAUUAAACCUGGCUGUGGCAGAUCUCAUGGCUCUCGUCUCGGUGCCUUUUAUCGCUUCUGAUAUUGCACAUGCUCCGUACCUUGGAUUGGUUUUCUGGAAAAUCAGCGGCUAUUUACUCUUCUCAUCCAUGUACACCAGCGUGUUCCUCAUCACAGUCAUGAGCAUUGAGCGCUUUGUGGCUGUGCUCUAUCCGAUCACUGCUCAGAAAUGGCGGCAACGAGGAUAUGUUGGUAAAGUGGUCACUGCUGUCUGGCUUUCAGGUUUUCUCUCCGCUAUUCCUGUCAUCCUAGUGGUUGCCGCUGACAUCAGAGAUGGGCGCCCACGUUUAAAACGAAGAUAUUCAUCCGAUCAGCAGCAGAUCACAGUUCUUCUGCUGGAAACCUUGAUUGGAUUUGUCAUUCCGUUCAUCACACUGAUGGUCUGUUACACUUUUAUUUUCAAAAGAGUCAAACUGAUGAACUUCCAAACCAGGGACAAGGGUAAAACUGGAAGGCUGAUUGCGGGUGUGGUGAUUCUGUUUGCACUUUGCUGGUUACCAUAUCAUAUAAGAAAUGUCAUUAAGGUUUCGUCAGUGCUGAACAAGACUUCAAACCCAGAAUACUCGAAAAGAUUGAAAAGUAUUUAUAGUUACAUUUCGAUGCUUUCUAAAGUUUUAACUUUCGUUAGUAACACCGCUAAUCCUAUCCUCUAUGCAUUUGCUGCUCGGAGCUUCAAGAGUGGAUUUAAAAUGUCCAGUAUCGCAAGACUCUUUGAACAAAUGAACAAUUCUUCCAAAGAAAAGAACCAAGAGACAAGUGAAAUACUAAUCUAA